GACCCAACCGACCGCCAUGUCGGCCGGCGAGCGGCCGAAGGCGACGCGCGUCGUCGGAACGCUCGUCGCCGGUGUCGGCAUCGCGCGACGAUGUACUGUACUAUCGGCAUUGGCUUCGUGCGGCGCACACGGUCACCCGUGUGAAAGACAGAGAGAGAGGAGCGAAAGAGGAGAGGAGCGGGAGAGAACACACUCGCGAAGGAACGAGCGAGAGGAAGCGAGAAUGAAAGGUAGAAAGGGAGAGGGAGAGGGAGAGAGAUACGCAGGUACGAGAACCCCACACACACGGAAGGUCCGCGGCGAGAGAGCGAGACGGAGGAGGGAGAGAGAGACGGUGGAGCGCGAACUCGUGGUGUGCGGAGGUGCCACCAGCCGGAGUAACAGCGGAGAGUCGGAGGUGGCCCGUGCCUGUGGCUACCCGUGACCGCCCGUGGCUCUCGAGUUGUAACUCGCCUCGUCGUUGUAACGUGACGCGCGAGAGCGAGAGGUGCGUGUGACGACGACGACGACGACGACGACGACGCGUUCAUCCAGAGUUCGUUCGCCCGUCCCGUCUGUCGUUUUACCUUCGUCGUGAGCCGCGUCCACCGGGAGCAACGGCGCGAGCUGCUCUGUUCUUUCUCUCGCUCAUCUCCUCCUCCUCCUCCUCCUCCCCCUCCUCUCUCUCUCUCUCCCUCUCGUUCUCCGUUUCACAUUCCUCCUCUCUUUCUUUCUCUCUCCUCUCUCUGUCUCUCUCUCCGUCUUUCUUUCCUCUCUCUUUUUCCCGUACACGCGAGUGCGAUCGGUACAGUGCGACCAGUGCGACGUGAUACGUUCUCGCUCGCGGAUCGCCCUUCGCUGUGCUCGCGCGACAGAAGGAUAGGUGCCGCGCGUACGUCAUCGUGAAAAGGACUGUCAGGAGUGCGUUUGUUGUUAACUUCCCCUUGAGUUGCCUGUCUCACGGUACAACGCGGACACGUUCACCGUCACGGCGAGAUCCCGAGCGAAGAAAGAGAAAGAAGAGCGAUAAGGGAGAGAGACAGACGAGUGGACGGAUAAAGGGAGGAGGAGAAAGAGAGAAAGAGAAAAGGAACGAAAGAGAAAGAGAGAGAGGAAGAGCGUCUCGGCGCGCAACGAGCGAGCGUGAAAUCGGCAUCGAUAGUGCGCGUACAUCCACACGUAGGCUCCCGAUAAUUCGCAGAGGCGACAAUAAGAGGGCCCUGCCGUAAGGAUGCUGCACGCUUUCACGGAGAUCGAGAGGCCACGAGUCGUAUCGCGAGCUUGCAGCGGCGUGAUCAGCUGAGAAUGUCGGAGCAAAACGGGCCCAGCGAGGGCCCAGGGCCAGGGCCCGGUUCGGAUUCAACCUGGUGGCCGAACGCGCAGUCUUGGAAAUCGUCAGCGACCGCCUCGUCGUCGACUCCCACUUCGGCGACGGGUUCAGCGUCCGUCUCUGUCUCCUGCUCCGCGUCCAGCUCGUCCUCGACGAGUUCCUCCACCUCGACCAACUCGUCCGCGACUUGUUGCCCCUCGUCCUGCAUCGGCGUGUCCUGCACGAUGAGCCCGAGUCGUUCCACGGAAACGGGGAAAAACGUGUCCGUCACCACUAUUAACGUACCGCCGAACCAAGAAAUGCAUGACGGUAUUAAUCUCGACGGCAAAGGGGUAUGUAAAUAUCUCGGAGGACAGAAUGGCGUGACGGUGUCGGUGGUAUCGACCUCGGUACUGGGAUGUGGAAAUGCGAAUGCCGUUCCGACGAGUGGAAUCUGCACGAAUACGGGGCCGCAUAGUAUCGGUAUCGGAAUCGGCGGCAUCCUCGCCGCGAACGCGGCGGACAUCGACGAUCCCGAGGACAGCGACGGCGAGAUCAGCAAGAUCGACUUUAGAGGUGUCAAUCUACGUUCGAAGAAGAAACGCGACGUAUCGGGUAAUCAGAAUGGCGACAAGAUCGGUGACGGCGAUGCAAACGGCGACGGCGGGGGAUGCUGCGAUGACAAUUCGCAACAGCAACCCGAGAGGCCUAUGUCGUGGGAGGGUGAACUGUCGGAUCAAGAAAUGUCUUCCAAUACAAUUACUAAUCAGGACCACAACGAGGAAAUGUCUAUGGAAGGAGUUCAAGUGUGCAGUACGAGUCCAGGGCCCAUGGAACAGAAGUUCCCUAUUAAAUCGGAGCCGGAUUUUCGAUCUAGCCCAGGUUUCGCAAUAGGAUCCUUUCACGACGGUAGCUUGCCUAUGACGCACAGUCAACAACUUCAGCAACAGCAGCAGCAGCAACGUGGUAUCGAAAACCUUGAACAGACUCAGCAGAGUGAUCUACCGCUUCUCGUAGGCAAGCUUCUCGGCGGAUACAACAACUCAACACCUAAUCACAGUCCUGUUCUCAAUCCGCGGCAUCAUCUAACUAAACACAGUCAUACUAGAUCGCAGGUGCCGUCACCAGAUUCCGCCAUUCAUUCUGCGUACAGCGUCUUCAGUUCACCGACACAGAGUCCCCAUGCGGCACGGCAUUCCGCCCUAGGAGCGGGUAGUCCGAUACCCUCUUCGUCGUUGUCCCUCUCUCGACACAGCUUCAACAACUCAACUUCCUCGUUAUCUUUAUCGCUGUCGCAUUCGCUUUCAAGGAACAAUUCUGACGCUUCCAGUAGCUGCUACAGUUACGGCUCGCUUAGCCCGCCUACGCAUUCACCCGUCCAGCAACCAAGACAUCCGCAUUCGCACUCGCAACAUCAUCAAGUUGCGCAAGGUAGUCCGCUGCAUCUACCAGCCUCGUCCGCAGUUGCCGCACAUCAUUACUCGUCCUCUUCCGUACCAGGCUCGGAACUGUCGCCGGACGGCCAUCCCGUUGCGGAGGAUCAAGAAGACUGUAGGAUACCCUCGGCGCCGUCGGGUAUCUCUACCAGGCAACAACUGAUAAAUAGUCCUUGCCCGAUUUGCGGUGAUAAGAUAAGCGGCUUCCAUUAUGGUAUCUUUUCGUGUGAAUCGUGCAAGGGAUUCUUCAAGCGCACCGUCCAGAAUCGUAAGAACUAUGUGUGCCUUAGAGGAGCAGGUUGUCCGGUCACUGUGGCCACGAGAAAAAAGUGCCCGGCCUGUCGCUUUGAUAAGUGCCUCAACAUGGGUAUGAAACUUGAGGCGAUCAGGGAGGAUCGUACUAGAGGCGGUAGAAGCACUUAUCAGUGUACCUAUACUCUACCAGCGAAUCUCGUUGGUAGUCCUGCUGGCGGUAUGACUGGUGAAAAACUGACAACAGCGGGCAAUUGUAGCCCAGCACCAGCUGGUAGCGAGCACCAUUAUUCCAUUAGAUAUCAUUCGAAUCAUUCUCACAAGAUGCAAGUAGUACCUCAACUUUUGCAAGACAUUAUGGAUGUGGAACAUCUCUGGUACUAUAAUGACAAUGAUCGGAUGAGCGGCAGUGGAGGAAUAUUUGGAAGUGCAAGGAAUACCGGUGGUGAUAGUAUGCUCGGUGGACUCGGAAGUGGCCCGGCGGCCAGCGGAACUGCGGUUGGCAUUGGCGCAGGAAACAACGGAGGUGUAGUGGAAUGUUCGUCGAAUGACUCUAGCAAUGUCGAUACUAAUAGCAGAAGGGAGACGGCGAGCCCAGCCAAUUCAACUUUAACGGGGGCAUCCGAUCAACAUUCCACUAAUGGCAAUACUACCAAUAAUAGUAAUUCUCAAAUUGUCAAUAAUUCCAAUGGCAAUUCAGCGCAGCAUCCGGACUUUUUAUCUAAUUUGUGCAACAUUGCGGAUCAUCGGCUUUAUAAGAUCGUCAAGUGGUGCAAGAGUUUGCCAUUAUUUAAAAAUAUCUCGAUCGACGAUCAAAUUUGUUUGUUGAUCAACUCUUGGUGCGAACUACUACUUUUCUCCUGCUGUUUUCGCAGCAUGAGCACUCCCGGUGAGAUAAGAGUGUCUCUUGGCAAGUCGAUUACUUUGGAACAAGCGAGACAGCUUGGUUUAGCGACUUGCAUCGAGAGGAUGCUCGCUUUUACCGAUAAUCUGCGAAGGCUGAGAGUAGAUCGAUACGAAUAUGUUGCAAUGAAGGUAAUCGUGCUGUUAACGUCUGAUACAAGUGAAUUAAAAGAGCCUGAAAAGGUCAGAGCCUCUCAAGAAAAGGCCCUUCAAGCACUGCAGCAGUACACAAUCGCGAGGUAUCCAGAAUUACCCGCCAAAUUUGGUGAAUUAUUAUUGAGAAUUCCAGAUUUGCAAAGAACAUGUCAAGCAGGAAAAGAAUUGCUCAGUGCAAAACGUGCUGAGGGGGAAGGCAGCUCGUUUAACCUUUUAAUGGAAUUGUUGAGAGGAGAUCACUGAACUGUCAGCGCAGUGAACUAUGCCAUUCCACGCUUAUAGGGUCCAUAAGCUUAGGGAAUCGGAUAAAAUAGAUAAUCGCAGAGUAAGAAAGAUUAGAAAAAGAAGGAAACAGCAGAUGUAUAAGGUCUAUAGCGACAUUAGUACUUGGUGAGGGGAUUGCAUUCUUUGUAAUUAGGACACAUAAUAAUCUAACGAAAGACGAAAAGAAUUUUUUCUAUUUUACACUGGAAUGCUUCCAUACAGGUUGUGCAUGUUUGCAUUCCUGUUUUAAAACAAACGAAUUUCAAAGCGGCCUACAGUGUAUGUUGGAACUAUAUGUUCCGCAUGCAGGUAGAUGCUAAUGAGACUGAAAGUUUAAUUGAUGGAGACAUGCAGAGCAUUUGGUAAAUCUUUACAUUAGGUUGCAUAUUAGAAUUCCGAUGAUUUUGAUCUUGGCAAGUUAUACAGAGAGAUGAUAAUAUCGAUCAACCUUUCUUUAUAAAUUAAUCGGCAUAA